GAUUAUGAGCCAAUUACAAGACUUAAUUGAUUUUUCUAAAGAAGAAUUGCAGUCUGAGUAUAUCAAAAAAGCAUGUGAAGAAAUUGAAAAGGCAAAUAAAGAUGCCUUGGCUGACUAACCUAAAUUGAAUUUUAAUUCCAAUCUUAGUAUUCUUCUCAUUGGAUUGCCAAAAGUCAAUAAUGAAUUGAAACCAAAACUUAUUACCGCACUCAAAGGAUUUCUUAAGAAGAACAAUUAUAUUUAAUUUGUUGACAUUGAUCUAAAUAAUAUUGGUCAGGCUGUCCUAUCAUAUGAUAAUGAAGAUCAAGCACAAUAGGCAGCAGAACAAAUUAACAAUCAAAAUUUUGAUGCAAAACAUUAAUUGUUAGCUUUUACUUAGAAAUCAAUUUAUACUAUUAAUAAAACAACAGAGUAUGUUCCAAUUACUUUGAAAUCCAGACAAGAAUUAUUGGCAUUUCAUAAAGAUCCAAGAGCAGCAGUCACAAUCAUUUAAGAAAAAUCCAAGCUUUCACUCAAAUGGUUGAAUUCCUUGGAGAAGAAAUUAGAGGAUAAUAUCAAUGAAAAGAAAUUGCCAGCAUAUGACAAAUUGCAAUGGUCCCCCCUAGGAUAAUAUUUGGUUUUGUUCACUGAAAAUGAAUUCAGUCUCUAUGGUGCUUAAGAUAUGGAAUUAUUACACAAAUUUGAACACAAGAGAGUUUCUGAAUUGUUGUUCAGUCCAGAUGAACUAUAUGUGAUAAGUUAUGAUGGAUUAUAAGUAAAAUAACUUAUUUAUUUUUAAGCAAUUUAUUAUUUGGAAUAUUAGAGAAGAGAGAUAAUUGAGAUAGAUUGUAGAAGAAGAAACUUCCAUCAAUUCUUUUAAGUUUAGAAAAGAUAAUAAGUUGUUGGCCUUUUAAGCAAAAGAUGGGAUUCAAAUUUAUGAGGCCCCAGAGUUCUAUCAAAAAACCCCCUUAAAUCUUAAAGUAGCUGGAGUUAAACAAAUAGAGUGGGUUCCACAGACCAACUAUUUAGCUGUCGUUUGUUAUGGUAAAGAUAUUAAAACUCAAAUCUUCUUGCAUGAUUAUUCUAAGAAUAUUGUUGUCAAGUGGAGAAAUAUUGCAUUCGAAAUUGAUAGCAUUCAAAUAUUUGUGCAUACAUAUGGCAAAUGGGUUGCUACAUUGAUUAAAAAGAAGUAGAAAAAUAAGGUGUUUGCAACCACUCUUCAAGUUGGUAAUUUGAAUAAAACAGAUCCAUUUGAAAUUGAUGAACAUACCAUUAAUGACGAUGUUGAAAAUAUAUUCACAGAACUCAAUACUGGAAAAUUUGCAUUAUCCUAUAGAGAAAAAGAUAAACAAUAAAAACCAACCUAACAAUUCACUUUCCAUCUCUAUUCAGUCCAAGAAGAUGCAAAAAAAGGAAUCAAAUUAUGUCAACUUGGAGAACAGAAAGGAAAAGACACAAACGAAUUAUUGUGGGCAUCCAAUGGAGUAAUAAAUAAUAAUAUAUACUUAGAAUUACUUUGCCAUGGUUAAUAAAACCAAAAAUUCCCCUGAUCAAGGAAAAGUUGAAUUUGGAUAAAUUUCUAAGAAGAAUGAAUAAUUAGUAACUGAAAUCACUAAAUCUACAAAUCAUUUUUAUAUGAGUCAUGCUUAAUGGGAUCCUACAGGAAUUGUAAUCUAAAUUUCUUAUUUUUAAGCACUUUAUAACAAUGAGUGAUUUAUGGCACAGUGUCAACAUUUGGAGUUCUAUCGGAGAAUAAUUAGUCAAAGAUACUAUCACUAAGGUUUCAGAUAUUCAUUGGAGAAAUAAACCAAUCCACAUUUUACCAUAUAAAGAAGAAUAGGAACUAUAAAAUAACUCUAAGUCAUUUACCAAGAAGUAUGAGAAUGAAGAUGAUAAAAUACUCAAUAAAGCCAAACAUGAAAAAGAACAAAAGAAAAGAGAAAUGUCAAAUCAAGUAUCCAUUUUAAUAAACAUUUUAGUUCACUCAAUAUCUCAACGAAAAGAGAAAAAUUUAUGAUGACAAAAAUGAUAUAAGAAAGAAGAUGUAAGGUUGGGAUGAAGAGGAUCCAAAUAGCUAUGUUUUUUAUAAAAAAGUAAUUAAAGAAGAAGUAGUAAAUUCAUGAUGUAUAUUUUAAAUAAG